AUGUCAUCUUGUCUAGGCGCAUCGCUUCGAUCUGAAACUGCCGCAGAAGAACAGAAACCGCAACUUACAGUGAUUACCCUUACUCCACGCCCUGCGCUUCGAACGUGGCGGUUGACGUCGUCUGGUUUAGUGGAGAUAACUGAACAGAAUAGAGCUCAAAUGGGAGCGUUUCUGGACAAACCGAAAACGGCAAAGACCAAUUGCUCCGGCGAAGGCAAUGGUCUCCGCUAUGCUAUGGCCAGUAUGCAAGGAUGGAGGGUGGAUAUGGAAGAUGCACAUGUGGUGGAAGUUUCUAUGGCAGACCGUGAGCCUUAUAAAGACUGGUCAUUUUUUGCUGUAUUUGAUGGACAUGCAGGUAACGUUGCAGCAGAUGAUGCUGCUGAAAACAUUAUGAGGACUCUUAUGGAAACUCCACAAUUUGAAAAGGUCACAGAAGAGCUAAAAUCCACUGGAGGAGUUUUGUGCGAAAAAUCCAUCGUACUGCUCGAAGAUGGAAUCAAAGCCGGGUUUCUCAAGUUGGAUGAAAACAUCCGUACCAGGCUAGACUCUGAUCGCAGUGGUUCAACAGCUGUCUGCGCUAUGAUUACUCCAACGCACAUCAUCAUCGCAAAUCUAGGUGAUUCUCGAGCUGUUGUCUCCCGUAAAGACGAAGGAUCGUUCGGAACAGAGGACCACAAGCCUUACCACGAUAAGGAGCGAGAACGAAUUGUGGGUGCAGGUGGAUCCGUUAUGAUCCAGAGAAUAAAUGGCAGUUUGGCAGUUAGCAGAGCUCUCGGAGAUUUUGAAUACAAGAAUGUUCCUGGCUUGGAACCAAAUAAGCAGCUUGUAUCCCCUGAACCGGAUGUGUACGUGCUGGAAAGGCAAAAGGACAAAGAUGAAUUUCUGGUAGUCGCCUGCGAUGGAAUCUACGAUGUGAUGGAAAACGAAGAGCUUUGCCGAUUUGUGGAAAGUCGUCUUCAUGUCUGUGAUGAUCUAAAUCAGGUUUGCAACGAUGUGCUUGACGCUUGCUUAAGUAAGGGAUCUCGAGAUAACAUGACAAUGAUUGUGGUUUGCUUCGAAGCUGCGCCGUCAAUUGAUAAGGAAAAAGUUGCCUCCGAACAAAUAUGGAAGGCACAGAUGCUGGCAGCAAUUAAUGGUAAUUUUCAUAUAUGA